CCGCCCGGCAUGCUGCUCCGGCCGCGGCGACCGCUCCCGCCCGGCCCGCCGUCCCCCGCCAGCGCGGACCUCGAGGCGCCCGGCUCCCCGCCCGCCUCCCCCGCGGCGCUGGCGACCCCCGCAGCCCCCCCCGCGUCCCCGGCGCGGCCCGUGUCUCCCGGCUCCGCGCAGCGCGCGCCCUGGAGCGAGCGGGAGACGCGGCUGCUGCUGGCCGAGCUGCUGCAGCCCCCGGUGUGGCGCGCGCUGCUGCUGGACCGGCGCCGGGCGCUGCCCACCUACCGCCGCGUGUCGGCCGCGCUCGCCCGCCAGCAGGUGCGCCGCACCCCCGCGCAGUGCCGCCGCCGCUACAAGUUCCUCAAGGACAAGCUGCGCGACGCGCACGACCAGCCGCCCGGGCCCUUCGACGCGCAGAUCCGCGAGCUCAUGGCGCUGCUGGGCGACCAGGGGACCCCCCGCGCCCGCCGCCGCUCCCCGGGCCGCCCCCAGCGCGGCCGCCGCUCCGCCCCCGGCGCGCUGCCCGACUCGGGCGCCUUCCUGCCGCCCGACGUGGACGUGGACGCGGACGCCGACGCCGACGCCUCCUGGACGCGGAGCUUCAGCCCGUCGCCCCCGCGCCUCGCCGCCCCGGCCCCCGGCUCGCCGCCGCCGCCCCCGCCCCGCUCGCCGCCCCCCGCGCCCCGGCCGCCGUCGCUGAGCGCCGCGCUGCUGCAGACGCUGAGCCACCUGGGCGACAUCGUGGCGGUGCUCGGGCCGCUGCGCGACCAGCUGCAGGCGCUCAACCAGCACGUGGAGCAGCUGCGCGGCUCCUUCGACCAGACCGUGUCGCUGGCCGUGGGCUUCAUCCUGGGCAGCGCGGCGGCCGAGCGCGGGGUGCUGGCCGAGCCCCGCCCCUGAGCCCACAAUAAAGGCUUUGCACCCGA